UUUACUUAAAGCUGCACUUGUACGUUGCUCGGAGCUUAAGUGAGCAUCUUACUCAAACUGUUCGUUCAGUUGCUUUCUUGUCGCGCGCAUCGAUAAACGUGUGUAGUUGUCGUGUGCUCUCGCUCUUGCCCGCGUGCGCCGCCGACAGUUCAAGCUUAAUGUGCAUCAGAAAUUGAAUAUAAACUAUAGUUUCAAGACGCGCGUCUCCCAUACCAUUAACCAUUAAAUUUGGAAAAUCCCAGCGCGAGCAGAGAUAGAAAGAGAGAGAGAGAGAGGCAGUAAGGAGACGCAAGAUUGCGAUAUUGCUUAAAAGCGCUUGCAUCGCAGUAACUGGGAUACAUUUUAGGCAAGGUCAAGACAGGCAGCACAUCACAACCGGGAGUCAGCUAGCGGCUUCUCGAACAAAUCGGAAGAAUCAAAAGAAGUGGUUCAGUUCAAAAAAACAUCUGUUGUAUGGAUUAAGCAGCUUGGCAAACGACAAAAAAACAAAACGGUUAAAAGAAAAAAGAGUGAAAAGUCAAGCACAGCGACUAAUUGAAGUACCUGUCAGUUGCUGUUCGCGGUCACUGUGCAAAGGAAACAAACAAAGCGGAAUAAGCAACAGACACAUAGAAAGAGGCGACUGACAACACUUAUUAACAACAACAACAACAGCAACAAACACGUUCGAUAUAAAACGGGUGCUUCGACACCAACUACAAUAAUAUAAAGACGAAAACAAAAAAAAAAAAGAAAAUAAAUAAAACGGGUAACACAACAUCGGGACAAUAAAGCCCGGCAAUAAUUUUUAGUCGUGCCAGUUUGUUUAUUAAAUAUACUACGUAAGGCGCAUAAAGACACACAUACACAGAAGCACGAUCGCCGAGCGACUGAAUACGCAAAGUUAACUGACUACCCACUACCCUGUAAUUGGUAGAUUUUUGUAUUUUUUUUUUUUUAAUAAUAUAUUUAAAACGAAAACAAUUAAAAUGCCUCCUAUGUGGUGGAAACUGAUCAAAAUAAUGUUGGUGCUCUUCGCACUCUUCGCAACGAUAGUUUGUAUCAAUAGCGAAAUUUCAAAGCGACGUGAGGCUGAGGUUGAGGCAGCCGCUGCAGAAACGAAUAGCUCCACAGCGGACACGAUGCCCUUUGUGUCCGACCAUCUCUUUGACAUCAUGCGCAACAGGGCCAAGGAGCAUCAGGAAAAGGAACAACAGCAGGUGACAGGCGAGUUGGCAGCCGAGGAUAUUGAGGACCGCGUUCGUUCCUUAUUUCAGGUACACGAUGGCCAUGGUGUGAUGAUUUUUAAUACGACGACGACGAACGAAGCUGCAUCUUUCAUGCCCAUACCCACAGACAGCCUGGCAAAUGAGUCUCAAUCUGAAUCUCAAACUGAAUCUCAGUCACAGCCACAAUCUUUGUCUGGGGCUGAGAACAAGUCCAAGCACUACCAUCAAUAUCAAAGCUUGAAUCAUCAACAGCAGUCGUUCAAAGUGCAGCGAUCACCGGAUGGCAAGCUGAAUCUCGUCUUUAAUGAUCCCAUCGUAUCUUUGCAGAGUGACACACACAACAUACCACAAACCACACAGCCACAACAACCACAUCAGCAGUCAUCACCACCGCAAAAUCCGCAGCAGCCACAACAGCGUCCACGUCGUCCCAUUCCGGGCACUAUCGUGUUUCCCGACUCUGUAGAUAAGUCUCGGCAGGCACAGAAGCAGGCCACAAUUGAUACGGGCGAUCUUCGGUGUGCGGAUGGCUUCAAUCAGAGCCGCUCCUUCUGCACCAAGGUCAACAACUAUCCGGAUCUGUCCGGACUCAAAGACAUACUCAUGUCGAGUCGAUUUGCCGGCCUACGCAUCGAUCAGCCGGUGCCCACGGAAUUCGGUCUGCGCAUCAAUGGUGACGAGCAGUUGUGCAACAGUCAUGUGAGAUAUUUGUACCCAAAAUUGGGACAAAAAGAGGACCGCACCUGGCAGUACAUUGUCAACACUGAUGAGUUCAAACAGGGCAUACUUAUCGAAGAGUGCGAUAAUGAUGGCAAGACCUGUCAGUUCCUGGACAGCUUUCCCAACAACUAUGUGCCCAUCUGCAAGCAGCAUUAUGUGCUCCGUCAGCUGGCCACCAUCAACAAUGUGAGCAGCGGUCAGCCUGAGGUCACCAGCGAACCCUUCAAAAUACCCUCCUGCUGCAAGUGUGUGAUCAAAAGUAAAUUCAGCCUAGAAAACAAUCCCUGAGGCUCUGCACAGUUCGGGCCAUCAACCUAGGAACGGGGAUUGCGGUGUGGCUUGCUAAAACCAAACAUGCCAUCUGAUAACGUCAGCCAAUUUCAGCACAUAUUUGAUUUGACAUUCGAUCAGCAACAAGUUUCACCCACCACAGAAUGGCAGGCCAAACUGUCUAGGGUUUGAUUAUUGUUUUAUAAUUUGUAGACUAAUUGUUGUACAUGCACAUAAAACAUUUCUUCAUACAUAUAAGAAUAUAUAUAAAUAUACUCGUAUACAUAUAUCAAAAUGCAAAC